GGAAGUUUUGAAUCGGCUGUAGCUAAAAGUUGUGAACGGUUUGUUUUUCAACCCCGAGAGGCAAACAAUAUCAAGUGUACCUCCACUGCAGCUCCGGGGAACCCGGGGUGAAGCUGCCUCUCCUGUCCCGCGAGCAGAGCACAUGUCCGGCUUCGACCUCGUCCAGGUGGACGGUGACGGCGGCGGGGGUCCGAUCCACCUGCCGCCGGGGGAGACGGUGCUGGGCCGGGGGCCCUUCCUGGGAGUCAGCGACAAGAGAGUGUCCCGCCUUCACGGGCUGCUGGAGAACCUGGACGGACAGCUGCGUCUCAAACCGACCCACCUGAACCCGUGCUUCGUCCAGUCGUCCCCGGCCGACGACCCCCGACCCCUGCAGAGGAACGCCUGGCACCGGCUCCACCACGGGGCGCAGUUCUCCCUGCUGCCGGGCCAGUUCGUCUUCCGGGUGGCGGGCGCGGCAGCAGCAGCAGCAGCAGGAGGAAGCCUCACUCCCAGAAACACUCAGACGUUGGAAGAAGAAGAAGAAGAAAAGCGUCCCGAUGUGGAGCCUCACCCUCCACCGGCGGCUCCGUCGUACCACGGGGACGCCGUCAACGGGGCCUCCAACAAGGGAGAGACUGCUCGUCCAGAAGAAGUCGCCCAGAGGGACGACACUCCGUCUGGACCCGCGAGGGUUCUCCCUGCGUGGAUGAUGGCGGCUGUAGCGGCGCCACACGGCUCCUCCUCCUCCUCCUCUUCCUCCUGCAGCCCUAAAGUUCAGGCAGCUGGGAAGAGACGCAAAGCAGCUGCCAAACAGGCCCCGCCCACCACCAACACCCCCGCACCUGAGGAGGCGGAGCUCUGCGAGGAGGAAAUGCCGAGGAAGAGGAGAAGGAAAACCAGGGAUGAGGAAGAGGAAUCGGCGCGGUCUAAAACAGACGCCGCCGCAGAGCGGCGCCCGGCCCGGCUCCACGGCCAAGCCGAGAGGCCGGAGGCGAGCGGCGAGCUGGAUGUCUUCACCGUGAAGAAGGAGGAGGAGGAGGAGGAGGAGGAGGACGAGGAGGACAAAGAGGAGGACAAAGAGGAGGAGAAGGAGGAGCGAGGAAAGUCGUCCACACUCGACAGAGACAACGACGCACGGCCGACUUCAGCCAGUCAACCUGAGGCCAAAGGGGGCGGAGCUAAACUGAGAGCGCCGUGUCCGUACGGGAGGAGCUGCUACAGGAAGAACCCGGCCCACUUCCAGGAGAGCAGUCACCCCGAUGACAGCGACUACGAGGAGCCGGAGGAGGAGGAGGAGGAGGAGGGAGAUCGGCCCGAGUGUCCCUACGGCACCGACUGCUACAGGAAGAACCCUCUUCACAGGAAAGAAUACAAACACACGAAGAAACCAGGUCGCGCCACGCGCAACGCCCCCAAAAAGACCCCCGCCGACGAAGACGACGAAGACGAGUACGACGAUAGCUUCAUCGACGACGCCAGCGAGGACGCGGGCGACGACUCUGACUACGCGCCUCCCGCCUCGGGCGGCAGCGGCGAGGAGGAGGAGGAGGCGGAGGACGUGACGGGGCUGCGGGAGGAGGCGGAGGCCUUCGUGAACAACAGGAAGUAGGUUCAGGGACGCCUCGGAUGUAAACAGGUUGUUUGUUUGAGGAGCACGCCGUCCAGACGCAGAUUUCUAUUAAGCCGUGACGUCUUCGGCCGUGACUAUUCACGGAAUAAAGAUGCUCGGAUGUAUUUUGCCGCUUGUAGAUUUUAUUCCAGAUAAUUCCGGAUCCUGUAAAUAUGUCACAUUGAGUUUCAGGUGUAGGUCUCUUAUUGAUCCUUUGAUGUUUUGUUGUUAUUACUUUGUUUAAAUACAUUUGGAUGAAGACAAUAA